GCUGGAGGAGGGGCGCACCACCACCACCACCGCCACCGCGGCUACUUCAAUAUUCUGUUUCGACCAAAAAAGGAGGGUCUGACUUGGGGAGGUGCUGAGAUGUUAGCCGGAGAAUUUGGUGCUAAAUCAUAUGUGCAUUUUUUUUUAAACUACACUUUUGUAAUGAAAUUCUCAUUUCUGACCAGUAGAACACAAGGGACCGAGUGAUGCAUAGAAAAGUUCCUGGAUUAGUGUGGAAUUAGCAUAAAGCCCAGCUCUGCGAAGUAGCCAGCAAGUGAACAAGAGGAGUGAGAGAGUCAGUGUUGGAGAAAGAGAGAGGGAGAGAGAGAGAGAAAGCGCAGUGGGAGAGACACACAUCAAGCAACACAAGGACAAGUCCCAGAGAGCAGAGGACCUUCAUCCUUCUGCAAGAGGACCAUAGUUUGCCAAUAUGGAGGAAAAACAGUUUUCUGGCAUCUUGAAUGGAGCGGUUCCAGGAGAACAAGUGAAAAAGGAUGAGAAUUCUCGACGAGGAAACUGGGGGAACCAGAUUGAGUUUGUCCUGACUAGUGUAGGCUAUGCAGUGGGGCUUGGCAAUGUCUGGAGGUUCCCCUACCUUUGUUACAGGAAUGGCGGAGGCGCCUUCAUGUUCCCGUACUUUAUCAUGCUGGUGUUUUGUGGCAUCCCACUGUUUUUCUUGGAGCUCUCCUUUGGUCAGUUCACAUCACUUGGCUGCCUGGGAGUGUGGAAGGUCAGCCCCAUGUUCAAAGGUGUCGGCUAUGGAAUGAUGGUGGUCUCUACUUACAUCGGCAUCUAUUACAAUGUUGUGAUUUGCAUCGCAAUCUACUACUUUUUCAUGUCCAUGACCAAUCUGUUGCCAUGGACAUACUGCAACAAUCCCUGGAACACCCCUGACUGUAGUGGCGUAGUGGGCACACCGCAAGCAAACGGCACCUUAGCUAAUAUCACCGCUACUGUAGCGUCAGGCCUUACUGAGGUGAUCAGCCACUCGAAGAGGACGAGUCCCAGUGAGGAAUACUGGAGGAACUAUGUUCUGAACAUAUCAGACGGCAUAGGGGACUUUGGCGAAGUGCGUCUCCCCAUCCUGGGCUGCCUGGCUGUCUCUUGGGUGGUGGUGUUCCUUUGCCUUAUCCGUGGGGUGAAGUCCUCUGGCAAGGUGGUGUACUUCACAGCAACCUUCCCCUAUGUGGUACUGACCAUUCUCUUCAUUCGAGGCAUCACGUUAGAUGGUGCCAUCAGUGGAAUCCAAUACUACCUCACUCCACAGUGGGAGAAGAUUCUGGAUGCCAAGGUGUGGGGUGACGCUGCUUCUCAGAUUUUCUACUCUCUGGGUUGUGCCUGGGGUGGACUCAUCACCAUGGCUUCCUAUAACAAAUUUCACAACAACUGUUUCAGAGACAGCAUCAUUAUCAGUGUGACGAACUGUGCAACAAGCGUGUACGCCGGCUUUGUCAUCUUCUCCAUCCUGGGCUUCAUGGCACAGCACCUGGGAGUGGACGUGUCCGAGGUGGCUGAUCACGGCCCGGGCCUGGCCUUCGUCGCCUACCCAGAAGCCCUGACGCUGCUGCCUAUCUCACCACUCUGGUCGCUGCUUUUCUUCUUCAUGCUCAUCCUGCUGGGUCUCGGCACACAGUUCUGUCUUCUGGAGACGCUGGUGACAGCCGUAGUGGACGAGAUCGGCACCGACUGGAUCAUCCGCAACAAAACCUACAUCACGCUCGGAGUGGCCGUCCUUGGGUUUCUCUUGGGAGUGCCACUGACCACACGGGCGGGAAUAUACUGGCUGCUGCUGAUGGAUAACUACGCUGCCAGCUUCUCUCUCGUCAUCAUCUCGUGCAUCAUGUGCAUCUGCAUCAUGUAUGUUUACGGCCAUAAAAACUACUUCAAGGAUGUGGAGAUGAUGCUGGGUUUCCCUCCACCUGUGUUCUUCAGGGUCUGCUGGAGGUUCAUCUCUCCACUCAUUAUCUCUUUCAUCCUGAUCUUCACAGUGAUCCAGUACAAACCUAUUACCUACAAUGAUUACGUGUACCCAGACUGGUCUCUGGUCAUCGGUUUCUGCAUGGCCCUGUCCUCAGUAAUCUGCAUUCCUGUCUACGCUCUUUUCAAGAUCUCCAUGUCUGAUGGAACCACAUUUUUGGAGAGGUUUAAGAACUCGAUAAAGCCACAUCCCAGCUGGGGCCCGGCGCUGCAAGAGCACCGCAAGGGCCGCUACGCCAUGGCCGGCCCCGAAUCCGUGGAGGUGCGUUCUCUUAAAGAUGAAGAGAAAGAUCAGGAUAAAGACAAGAAGGAAGAGAUCGGGCUCACCAUAAAGGGCAGCAACGGCUCCACGCUCAACCCCACACCCAGUGUAUAGACGCAAGACCACACCUGCUGAACCUUUACAUAUUGUAAGGGCUUUAUUACACCUAACCUCUAGAGAGAAUCGGUUCUCAUCCCAACCCCUCGAUUUUUUUUUUUUUUUGGGUUCUUUUUAAUUUAAUAAUGCUGUUUUUGUAAGUACAAAAAUGUGUUCAUAUGCAUACACAGGAAGUCUUUUAUGCAUCUUGAUCGUGUGUAUAUAUAGUGCAGCGUGGGAUUAUAUUGGUUUUCUUUCUCCUUCCAUGUAAAAAUUUAUCUGGAAAUGUGACUACUGUUGCUGCAGCUGUAGGUUUCGGCUUGUUGUGUGUACAGUGGUGACAGUGCUGGUUGGGUUAAAAGCUGAAGACCAAAUGUUCUUUGACUGUAGUGAUUAUAGACACCAUCUAUUAUCGAAACGCAGCCGUGUUCAAUCUUUAGAUUGGGAUUUCUCUUUAUGUUACCCACUGCCCCAUGUUUGCUUGUAGUAUUUUAUCAGUGGUUCUUCUAUUUUCUUUUUUUUUUUUUUUUUUUUUUACAGAACCAACACUUUUUACACUUGGGCUAAAGAGAUGCAUGAGACAAAGCACAAAGGAUAUUUUGCCUUCAGCUUUUAGAACAGCUACUAAUGGAAAAUCCCUCGAUCUAAGCACAUUAAGUUCCCAAACCCAUUCUCAGGGUUGUGCACAAUUUCCUAUAAUUUUUUUCCCUCUAUAAAGUGUUUGUAAUCAUGCUAACAUUUUAAACUUAAGAGACAUCUCAUUGGUUUUGACUAGUGUUCCAUUCUGAAUAGAAAUACGUGGUGAGUGAGCGGAUCAUUGAGAAAAAAAGGCUUGAGAGGAGCUGCCAUAGACUCAGUACUGUAGUGUACACACACAAGGCAAAAAAAAGAAAUUGUGAUAUGCACAAACCUCCUAUUUCCUGAGGGCACUGCUGGAGUGCAAGUGUUUGUGUGUCUUUUUGUUUAUAUAUUUGUGUUUAGGAUCAUCUGUCCUCACCACACUGAUAGAGAAGGAGAAGUGGUAAGGUGGAGACAGAGAUUUAAUGCUGGAGAUAUGAUGGACUCUGAUUAUGGAAAAGAAAUCAGUCCUUUUUACUGACCUCACUGAAUUGCAUAGCAUUUGUAAUACAUAGAAUAGAGCUUUACUGACUGACCUUUAUUGUAUAUCAUGGUACUAAAUCAUUGUGCGUUUAUUUCGUAAAGAUACAAGAGGAUUAUGUGUGAUAACCUGUAAACGUUUACCAUUCCUCAAUUGUAAACUUAUUUUCAGUUUUUUUUUCUUUUCUUUUCAGAUAAGUUUUUUGGGGUGGAGGGGGGUCUUGCUGUGAGCUCUUUACUGGAAUUGUCAGUUUACAGAUAUUCCAGAUACACAAAGUCACCAAGGCCUGUCUAGUCUAGUGUCACAGUGUAUUGGACACUUGUAUACAGUAUGUUAGAGAUAUUGCCAGACAGUGCCAGAGGAAGGCAGUGGUCUAGCAAUGUAGCUGCUAUAAGUGCAUUUCAUGAUGCAAUGGAACAAACUCCUGGGUUGUAUUUCUGUUUUUUAUUUUUUUUUUUAUCUUUUAACAAUAUAUCACUGUGUCAUA